CCUUCCCCCUUGGAACCACCAACGCAUGCGAACGCCCCCGCGCGCGCGCGCCCCUCCCUCCCCACCAUUCCUUCUCGCCGCUCCCUCCGCAACCCACCCACCCUUCCUCCUCCCUUCCCCGGUUGCAGGCGCGGCGUCGAUGCGAUCCUGCCGCGGCAUCGCAUCCGCUGCGUAGCUCGGCGGCCGGGGGGUGGCGCGACUUCUUCCUCUUUCUCUUUUGCUUUCCUGGCUUAGCUCCGAUCCUGCGCUGAUUCGAUCAUCCUCCGGUAGAUUUCGGUGGCUUUUUUUUUUGCCUGGUGUUUCUGCUCGACCAUGCUGGCAGGUUCUUCAUCUAAGAGGGUGAUGCUGCUUCAGCAAUUGGCAGCUAGCUAACUCUUUAGACCAAAAGAAGAAUUCUGUGGUUAUAUGCAACAGAGAAGCGCAUUCUUGCUUUGAUAUUCGCCGUUUUACCGGGUCGGCAGCGAUCAGGGUGUGGUGACCAUGGAGCAAGUGGUCGGAGGGAAGUAUAAGCUCGGGAGGAAGAUUGGGAGUGGGUCAUUUGGGGAGCUAUAUCUCGGUGUUAAUAUACAUAAUGGGGAGGAAGUGGGAAUAAAGCUGGAAUCUGUGAGAUCAAAACAUCCACAGCUGCAUUACGAAUCCAAAGUUUAUAUGCAAAUGCAAGGCGGAAAUGGUAUCCCACAUAUGAAGUGGUACGGUGUCGCUGGGGAGCACAAUGUUAUGGUGAUUGAUCUUCUUGGCCCAAGUUUGGAGGACUUGUUCAACAGCUGCAACAGGAAAUUCUCUCUCAAAACCGUCCUUAUGCUUGCUGAUCAAAUAAUAAACCGAGUGGAAUACAUGCAUUCCAAGGGAUUUAUUCACCGUGAUAUCAAGCCAGACAAUUUCCUUAUCGGCUUAGGCCGGAAAGCGAACCAGGUGUACAUAAUUGAUUAUGGGCUUGCUAAGAAAUACAAGGAUCUCCAGACCCAUAAACACAUUCCCUACAGGGAGAACAAGAAUCUGACAGGAACGGCACGUUAUGCUAGUGUGAAUACUCAUCUUGGAAUAGAGCAAAGCAGGAGAGAUGAUCUGGAGUCUGUUGGCUAUCUUCUCCUAUAUUUUUUAAGAGGAAGUCUUCCAUGGCAGGGUCUUAAAGCUGGUACAAAGAAACAAAAAUAUGACAGAAUCAGUGAAAAGAAAAUGCUCACCCCAGCAGAGGUUCUGUGCAAAUCUUAUCCAUCAGAGUUCACCUCAUAUUUCCACUACUGUCGUUCCCUGCGAUUCGAAGAUAAACCAGAUUACUCUUAUUUGAAGAAACUCUUUCGGGAUGUAUUUACUCGUGAAGGAUACCAACUUGAUUACAUAUUUGACUGGACUACAAGCAAAAAUCCUCAGAUGGGUUCUACCAAUAAGCUUAUUCAACAACAAAGUGGAAGAAUGAUUGGAAUUGGACCCUCUGUUGACCGACCAGACAAAACUUCAGUGGGACAAGAGAUCCGGGAUAGAUUUACCGGUGCUGUUGAGGCCUUCGCCAGAAGAAACCCGGGUUCCGGUCGCCUCGGAGACAAUUCCAGGCACAAAAGCCUCGCGGAUUCCUUUGGUUCAUCUACAGAAGCUGUUGUUGAUUCGGAGAGAACACGAACCAUAUCCAGGAACAGGAGCUCGGCGAAGAUGCCCACCGCCGCCGCCGCCGCCACCCCGUCUAGCCGGGGGACAUCCUCGAAAGGCGACGGCGGCGAGCAGAACCGGGCCGGCCGGUGGGUGUCGAGCGGCAGCGGCAGCAACCGCCCGUCCCCCGCCGCCGCCCAGCGGCACCACCACCACCACCACCACUCGGCCGCCGCGGACGACAGGUCGCCGCCGGCAGCGAAGGGGGGCACCGCUAUCCGGUGCUUCGAGCGCCUCUCGAUCGGCGGCGAGAGGAGGAAGUGAAGUGAGCCUCCGCCGCCCACCGCCGCCUCGCGGGAUUGUUCGAUGUUACUCGCAUGAAAACGCCGCGCGUCUCACUCACCGCUGAACCUUUCGUCUUCCCUGAGAUUUUUUCCAUUUCCAUGUGUGUGCUAUGAACACCGUGUGCAUGUGCAUCGCCGCCGGCGGCCGGCGGGGAGGGGAUGGGCGGCGCCGCCGCCGCCGCCGCCGCCGCUCCGGGGUUUGGGGCGGCGCUCGUGAGCCGUUGGAUCGGCGGUGUGCGGCCCGGAUCAAGUGUUGGUCACUUUUACGGGUGGGCCCUCGUAGUAUAUCGUAUUAUCGUUUGAGCCCGUUGGGAGAUGGAUUUUUAGGUGAGUACUGUAUAUAGUCGAACUCAACCAUGCCAAAUACUAAAAAUGAAAGAUUUUGGGAAUGUCAACAAAAUUAGCACCAAUUUGGUUAAUUGGUUUGGAACA